UUGCCUCCCAUUUAUCCACUCCCUUUGUGGUGGUGAAGAGAGAGAAGAAUGGGUUCUUCCUGCGUAAUGCUGCCAUCUUCUCUCUCUAGGAUUUGCCCUAGUUUUGGUCUCAAGAAGCAAGUGGAAUUGAGGAAGGUGAGCAUUGUUGAGUGCUCUUCUCGGCCACAAAAGAAGGCGACUUCUCACCACAUGAAGACCAGACCGAGAAAGAGGCAGGCAUGGGAUAUAAAGAGAGGCCCCACUGUGUAUCCCCCUCUCCCUCCUCUCCCUCCUGAUUGGUCUCUCGACCCUUCUACCCCUGUUCAAUUAGAGCAACAACAAACGCCCAAAAUGGAUGAAUGAGGUCUAGGUUCUCUUUGUUUUGUCAAUUCUGGUUUUCUGAGUUCAGUCACUUUCCCUUCAAUUGGGUCUGUUUGGACAAUGUAAUUUGUUUAAUGCUUAGUGGAAAAUCUGAUUUAUGCAUUCCAUGGCUCCUCUCUCUCAUGAAAACUUUCCUUGUCUGAAUACUGAAAACUUUGAAUGGAUGAGAAUUCUAUUUGAA